UCCACGCUGUGUGUCUUGUUCGCAUCUGAAACUGUGCUUGCUGCUGGUGGCGGCACAGAAGUGCGAAGUAAAGUACACUUUCAUUUCUUGUUUCGUACAUCUAGCAGUUCAGUUCAGCUCAUACCCUCGCUCUGCCGGUUCUUAUUUUCUUCUUCUCGGACGACUGUGAACCACCGUCAAUAAUGCAGUCCGUACAGAGUCAGCUCGAAGGAGUAUCUCUCUCCUCGCCCUCUGCUUCAACUAAUGGAUUAUCAAAAUGGAGACCACAAGCCAGGGGUUCUCCAAGAGCCAGUGAAGCUCUUUGUCGGCCAGAUACCACGGUCCUACUUUGAGAAAGAACUUCAACCGAUAUUCUCCGAGUUUGGAACUAUCGUGGACUUGAAAGUCCUCAAGGACCGGGUUACAGACCAUCAUAAAGGAUGUUGCUUCCUAACAUAUGAGAACAAGGACAGCGCGGACAAGGCCAUAAAGGCUCUCCAUGACGUUCGCCAACUCCCUGGUAUGGCACGCCCUUUGCAGGUGAAGCCAGCGGAUAACAAUGAAACAAAACCAGAUAUCUGACUCAGACUGCAGUGCUGCAAUGGCUGACCAAUCCAAACGUACCAUGAGGAAGUUUGCUGCCAACCACGAUGAAGCCCUCGUGAAGGAGUUGUUGGCUGGAGAGAAUCAGUUUGUUCAACCUGCAUCCUCCAGUGUGUGGAGCAGGAUCGCAGACAGCGUGGCUACCUUGUUUCCGGACAAGAUGGGUGGCCUGGCACCUCGUGGUGCCCGUGACCGUGCUGAGAAGCUCGUCCGCGAUGCCCGGGCCAAACAGAACAAAGACGCCAGCGCUUCUGGUAUAGUGGAGGACUUCGGGCCCAAGGAACAAGCCCUGGUCAGCGUAGUAGAGCUUUACAAAGUUGCUGCUGCUCAAAAAGCCUGUGCCGCCGACGACAUGAAAAAAAGCAGCAGCAGGAUGCGGAGAUGAAGAGCAAGGCGGCGAGCAUGAGAGAUGGUGCGUUCUCAUGUCUCAAGCGAAAGGCUUGCGAUGGGUCUGACGAUGAGGCUGAUGACGUAAGAUCUUCCAAAGGAAUUUCGCCAGCAAAGAAGAAUUCUGCCAUUGGCAAUAUGCUCGAGUACCUGGACAAAAAGCAUGCCGCAGAUAGUGAAGUCAAGAAGGAGGAGCUAGCCCUUAGCCGUGAGCAGUUCGAGGAAUCUAAGAAGCAGGCCGCAGACCAGCUUUCUUCGCAGCGCGAGCAAUUUACUGCCUCCACGGUCCAGGCACGGGAUCAGUUGACACUCCAACGUGAUCAAUUUACUGCAUCCGAAAAGGAGCGAAAUACCAUGCUGCAGCUGAUGGGUAAAAUGAUGGACAAAUUGAACUAACGUUUAGCACUUGUUUUCUGUGUUACAUUUCUGUUGUAGCAUUUCUUUCAUUUUACCUUCUCUGGCUCCUUUAUUGUAUUCAAUUUUCUAAACUGUGAAUACAACC